GUUUUAGCUUUGUGCAUUUCUCCAAUUCGCCAUGUCUUCUAUUCGCCUACUUUUUUCUCGCGCAGCUGCUGCUGCACCCCGCAGGGCUGUCGUCUGGUGCCAGCCGCACCGUGUUCAGCUCGCCAGCACGCAGCGUCUCUAUGCAACCAGCAUCGACAAUGGCAUGACUCCGAGCCAGCAGGCCAACGAGCACAUGCGCCAGGGCAUCGAUGAAAUGUCUCGAGGCAACCUGGCCCAGGCACUCAACAGCUUCUCGCACUCACUAGCAUUGAAUCCGACUGCCGAUGGGCACUACAACAACGGCGUAUGUCUCUACUCGCUGGGGAACGUGGACGAGGCGCUGGACCACUGGGAGAAGGCACUGAGCAUUGAUCCAUCGCAGGCCGACGCCCAUGUCAAUGCAGGCAAUGUAUAUUUCAUGAACAAGAAGGAUGCCGACAGCGCGAUCAGGCACCUGAAGAAGGCAAUUGAGCUGUCGCCAAAGGAUGCGGAAAUCCAGUUCAACCUGGCCUGCAUAUACGAGGCAACCAGCCAACUCGAGUGGGCCAUCAAGAUGUAUGACAGUGCGGCAAGGCUGGGCCUGGAGAAGGCAAAGACAUAUAUGCGCAAUGCAGUGGCAAAGCAGAUGAAAAAGUCCAUCUGAACAACCACGUAAUCAAUAAAUACAUAAAGUGGAAAGGGGUAACAAAU